AUGGAGGCAGAGAAAAGAACCCCUAGUAGUUGUCUUCAUGUUGUUAUGUUUCCAUUUUUUGCCUUUGGUCACAUCAGCCCAUUUGUGCAGCUAUCUAACAAGCUCUCCUCUCAUGGCGUCAAGAUCUCUUUCUUCUCUGCACCAGCCAAUGUUAAUCGUAUAAGGUCAAUGCUCAACGACGCUUCCACCACCCAAAUAAUCCCUCUCACUAUCCCGCACGUUGAGGGUCUUCCUCCGGGCGUUGAGAGCACGGCUGAACUGAAUCCAACUCAAUCUGAACUCCUCAAGGUUGCUCUUGAUCUUAUGCAACCUCAGAUAAAAACAUUGUUAUCUCAACUCAAACCCCAUUUUGUGCUUUUUGAUUUUGCUCAAGAAUGGCUCCCUAAGUUAGCCUAUGAAUUGGGUAUACAAACAGCGUUCUUCUCUGUGUUCAUUGCUCUAGCAACUGCAUUUGUUACUGUUCCGGCUAGGCUUCCUGAACCUGGAAGAUCUCCCACAGUUGAGGAAAUGCAAAAACCUCCCCCGGGGUUCCCUCAAACCUCUGUAACCUCACUCAGAACAUUUGAGGCUCGGGAUUCUCUCUACGUGUUCAAGCGUUUUCAUGACAAACCUUGUGUGUAUGACCGUGUCCUCUCGGGCCUGCAGGGCUGCUCGGUCAUACUUGCCAAGACUUGCAAUGAAAUGGAAGCACCUUAUAUAAACUAUGUCAAGUCCCAGUUCAAGAAACCGGUUCUUUUAGUCGGUCCAGUAGUCCCGGAGCCUCCAACAGAUCACCUGGAGGAAAAAUGGGCUAAAUGGUUAGACAAAUUUGAAGCUAACUCUGUCAUUUACUGUUCUUUUGGGAGUGAAACAUUCUUAACUGAUGAUCAAAUUAAUGAGCUAGCUUUAGGGCUAGAACUCACAGGUCUUCCAUUUUUUCUGGUCUUAAAUUUUCCUGCAAAUGUUGAUGUCUCAGCUGAGCUAAAGAGGGCACUUCCUCGAGGGUUCUUGGAAAGAGUGGAAGGUAAAGGAAUAAUUCACACUGGGUGGGUCCAGCAGCAGCAGAUUUUGGCACACAAAAGUGUGGGUUGUUAUUUAUGUCAUGCAGGAUUCAGCUCAGUGAUUGAGGCUAUCGUGAAUGACUGCCAACUAGUUAUGUUGCCCCAAAAGAGCGACCAAUUCGUGAAUUCUAAGCUAGUACAUGGAGACCUUAAUGCUGGAGUGGAGGUCAAUAGAAGCGAUGAAGAUGGGUUCUUUGGAAGAGAGGAUAUUAAGAGUGCUGUUGAAACAAUUGUGUUUAACAUUGAUAAAGAACCGGGAAAGUCCAUAAGAGCUAAUCAGAAAAAAUGGAAGGAGUUUCUGCUUAAUAAAGAUAUUCAAAACAAUUUUAUUAAGACUUUGGUCGAGGAAAUGGAAGCAAUUGCUGGAAUAUCGAGCAUUUAG